CCUUGGCGGUGGGUAAACGACGAUCAUUUUUAGCAGAGAAGUCUCCGACUAUUCACUUCAAAGCUCUCUCUCUCUCUCUCUCUCAGAUUCUCAAAAAUGGACGAAGAACUGUUGGAAUUGCAGCGACAAUUCGAGUUCGCUCAACAAGCCAAGUCCAGCCUCCGUUUGUCCGAACGCAACGUGGUUGAAUUGGUCCGAAAGCUCCAAGAACUUCAAAUCCUCGAUUCCAAUCUCCUCCACACUGCCUCCGGCAAAGAAUACAUCACUCCCGAGCAAUUGAGGCUUGAAAUCGUAGCCGAGAUCACGAAAUUAGGGCGUGUUUCGCUGAUUGAUCUCGCCGACACCACCGGCGUAGAUUUGUAUCAUGUGGAGAAACAAGCUCAUCAUGUAGUGUCCAAUGACUCCUCGCUUAUGUUAAUUAACGGCGAAGUGAUCUCCAACUCGUAUUGGGACGACGUUGCUGAGGAAAUCAAUGAGCGGCUUCAAGAGUGCAGUCAAAUUGCACUGGCUGAACUCGCUGCGCAGUUGCAAGUUGGGUCUGAGUUGAUCGCGACUGUAUUGGAGCCCCGGAUUGGCACUUUGGUUAAAGGUAGGCUUGAAGGCGGGCAAUUGUUCACUCCUGCUUAUGUUGCGCGUGUUAAUGCUAUGGUUCGUGGUGCUGCAAGGGGUAUUACUGUUCCAAUGAAUUUGUCGGCAUUGUGGAGCUCCUUGCAGCUAUUAUUGCAACAAAUGGAUGGAGCCAGUGGUGUGGCUGUUGAAAGUUCGUUUUUCCAAACAUUAUUCAACGGGUUGGUGAAGGAUGGCGAGAUACUUGGAUCACUUCGUGCAGGAGUUCACUGGACACCAGCGGUAUUUGCAAUCGCUCAAAAGGAAUCUGUAGAUUCUUUCUUUGCACAGAAUUCUUUUAUCAGUUAUGAUUUUCUGCACAAACUUGGAAUUCCUCAGCCCCUUCAGUAUCUACAGUCCAAAUAUCCUGAAGGUAUUCCUUUGGAUUCUAUAUUUGUUCAUCCAUCAACAACUGAGAUGUUGGAUGCUGCUGUCGAGGAUGCCAUAGAACGGAAUAGCUGGAUUGAUUCACUUUCAGUUUUGCCAGCAUCCUUUGGUUCCCUAGAUGCAUCUAAGGUUCUUUCCCUUUGUCGAUCUGUUCAAGCGGCCCUUAAGUCUAAUAAAGCAAUUCUGUUAGGCGAUUCAUAUGUUUGCAGCACGGGCUUUGUCAAGGAUUUGUUUGAUCGCAUGGAGAAGGAGAUGGAAACCUUUUGUUUUUCUGGGUCGCCUGGUAGUAGGUUUGAUGAUCCACAUUCAACCAAAGAAGCUAAUGCUGGAAAUGAAUUAGGUAGCAGCUUACUUGAGUUCAAUGAAGCUGGUAAAGAGAGCAGUGUUAAUAUACAAGGAUUUGAGAAAGGGACAAAAAAGAAAAAAGGAAAAUCAGUAGGCAGUGCGAAGACAGGGAAUGCUGAAACUGGUGCAGAAGACAAAGAGCCAGUUCCUGCUAAAUCUAGAAAGAACCAGAGAAAAGGCAAGGAUACAUUUUCUUUGCAAGUGUUGGAUGCGAAGUCAGGUGCUAAGAAAGAAUUGGAUAAGAUGAAAGAAGAAAACCCCAGCCUCUCAGAAGAACGACUAAUACAGAAGAUCUUGUCAGAGGUCCCUGAGUUUGAAGAACAAGAUGAUCCAGAAACCAUUCUUAGACCUUUGGUGAAUCAUUUGAGACCAAUGCUACUGAAUUCAUGGAAGGAGAGGAAGAAGGCAGCAUUCACAGAAAAUGCUCAGGGAAUGAAGCGUGUAAUUGAUAAUUUACAGAGAAAAAUUGAUGAGGCUUUCUUGAACAUGCAGCUGUAUGAAAAAGCGCUAGAUUUAUUUGAAGAUGACCAGUCAACCUCAGUUAUUUUACACAGACAUUUGUUAAGAACUACAGCAACCUUUAUUGCAGACAGUGUCUUACUUAACCUGGAUAUACACAACAAGCUAAAAAAUGGAAUUGAAGUUGAAGAAUCUCAAAAAUCAGAAUCCACGUUACUUAGUUCUGGAGAAAGAAUAUCUCAUGCAAAGAGUCUCCCAGGGCCUCUUUCAGUUAAGGCUGUUGCAUUAGUUGAAAGUUUGGAAGGGAAGCGGGUGGAAACAUUUACAACUGCACUGAGAGCGGUAGCAGAGGAAAGUGGGUUAACUUUGAAAAAACUUGACAAGAAAUUGGAAAGAACUCUUCUGCACUCAUAUCGCAAGGACUUGAUAACACAAAUUUCUGCUGAAACUGAUCCAGUCACACUUCUGCCAAAAGUUGUAUCCCUUAUUUAUAUGCAGGUUUAUAGUAAAGCCCUGCAAGCCCCAGGGAGGGCCAUUUCUAUUGCUGUUUCUCAGUUGAAGGAAAAAUUAGAUGAUUCGGCAUACAAGAUCUUAAUGGAUUACCAUAGUGCAACCGUGGCCCUUUUGGCACUGAUGUCUUCUGCACCUGAUGAUGAUGAGGGCUGUGCAUCUGACAGAAUUUUGAGUAAGAGGGAGCUACUCGAAGGUUUAAUGCCAGCACUCAAAGGCUUGGUCCUGAGUUCCUCCAAAUCUUGAAAGAGCAAAAUGUUAUAUUCGCCAUGAUUCAAAUUUGCACAAGAAUAUGAUUUAGUUACACCUUAGAAUAGAUGCAUAUAUUAUCUUAACAAAGAUGAUGCUUGGUGUGGAAGAAGUAUGAACCAUAGGUAUUCUACCCAGCUAUAGCAGUUCAUACGGUUUCAGUGGAAGAUCAGAUGGAUGAUGGGAAAAGGGUUUAGACCUUCAGAUUCUAGGAAUGUCCGAGGACAGAAUGAAAACUUACUGCAAUUUUGUAUCGCAGGGAACGGUUGGUGUUUCUCAUUAUCAGGAUGAAAAAUUGGAAAGUUCAUGCA